UUAACAUGCACAAACGUCCUAAAAACAAGACAUUGCAUGUGAAAAGUUGAAAUCGUUAUCUAUCGUAACACGUUGAAUAUGAUUAUCGACCUACUGAACAAUUCUUAUAGGACAACAUACUGGAUAAAACAAGUUCCAGAUAUUUCUGUCGAAUACAUAAUGGAAACGGACGAACAUAAUGUUAAUGGAGACAUGUCCAGUGAUGAAAUGUCAAAAGUAUUCAACGACCCUAUUCACGGUCAUAUAGAACUGCAUCCUUUAUGUAUAAAGAUCAUAGACACACCACAGUUUCAACGACUGAGAAACAUAAAACAACUUGGCACCUGCUAUCUUGUAUACCCAGGCGCUAGUCAUAACAGAUUUGAGCAUUCAUUAGGGGUUUGCCAUCUUGCUGGGAAGCUGUUAAGGGCGAUAAAAGAACGUCAACCUGAUGAAUCGAUUUCCGACAAAGAUAUUUUAUGUGUUGAAAUUGCUGGGUUGUGUCACGAUCUAGGACAUGGACCAUUUUCGCAUUUGUUCGAUCAAAAAUUCAUACCAAGUGUAAUACCGGGCAGCCGAUGGAAGCAUGAAAAAGCUUCUGUACAAAUGUUCGAGUAUAUGUUACAAAAAGAUGAUGGAAAACUAAGAGAAGAGUUUAAAAAGCUGAUGGAUGAUUUCAAAGAAGAGGAUCUUACAUUCAUUAAAGAAUUAAUUGAUGUUCCUGCAAUCUUAGCAGGGCAGGUGGUGUGGCCCUAUAAAGGAAGAGGAAAGGAUAAGAGCUUUUUGUAUGAGGUGGUAGCGAAUAAAACCAAUGGCAUAGAUGUUGACAAAUGGGACUAUUUUGCGCGCGAUUGCUACAUGCUUGGAAUGAAAAACUCGUUCGAUCAUGCACGGUGUAUAUCCAGUGCACGAGUAUUGGUGGCAGAUGGAAGGAAGCAAAUUUGUUACAGGGAAAAAGAAGCACAUGACCUAUAUGACAUGUUUCAUACCAGAAUGACUUUACACAGGAAAGCAUACCAGCAUAAGACACAUAAUAUUAUAGGAAAAAUGAUGUGUGAUGCCUUGGUUGCAGCAGACGAAAUUAUUAAAUUCGAAGGAGAAAAUGGGGCCCAGCUCAAGAUGUCAGAAACAAUACAUGAUAUGGAGGCAUACACCAAGCUGACGGAUACAGUUCUGCGAACAAUACUAUUGUCUUCUGAUGAAAGGUUGGAAAAGUCUAAGGACAUUCUGAAUGACAUAAUCAACAGAAAACUUUACAAGUGUGUUUCACAGACACAGAGAAAAGUUACAGUAAAUGGACACGGUAUUGAUACAGACAAGAUAAAAGAAUUUAUACUGGAGUACAAAAAUGAAAAUGAGAUGUUGAAAAAUGUCAAUGAAGCCGAUCUUGAAAUUGACGUGGUUAAGCUGGAUUAUGGAAUGAAGACGAACGAUCCAAUACUAAAUGUGAGAUUCUACAGCAAAGAUGACGAGAAUAAGGCAAUCACGAUCAAAAAAUCUCAGAUUUCUCACUUUUUACCUGAAACGUUUGCUGAGCAAUACAUACGAUUGUACUGCAAGGUAAAUACCCAGGAUGUAAUUGAACACGUGAGAGAAGCUUUCUCAGCAUGGUGCAGUAAAAACAAGUACCCGAAGCCGAAGGGAGAAGAAAGCGAUUGUGACGAGCAAAGUGACACGGAGACGACUGGGGAGUAAAUUUAACAUACAAGGUCACGUGGGGAAUGAUGGAAUACGGCAUAUCUGGAAUAGGAAAUGAAAUAAAUAAAUUUUUUACGAAAAUAUAGAAAAAUUAUUAUGUUUGGUUACUAUGUUGAAGCUAACUUUCAAAGCUGAUUUAUGUUUUCAUCUUUUAGCUCGACUUUUAAAAUUUUUUCACGUAGUAGAACCUUUGUAAUCACCAUUUCGUCGGCGCCCGCGUAACAAAAGGUUGAGCUUUUUAUGUAAGCAGUUUUCUCAGAAACUACUUGGUAAAUGCGUUCAAACUUCACACAUGUCUUGAGCAUUAUAAGAGAACAUCCCGCAACAAGUUAUAUAACUCUAGCUUUUAUUUUGUCAAAAUUAUGCCCCUUUUUAACUUAGAAUUUCAGAUUAAAGUUUGCAUACAAGAAAGUUUCUCAGGAACUUCUAGGCCAAAUGCUUCAAACAUCUUUUUUGUCAUCAUGAGAGGACCUCAUAUAACAAGUAACAUAACUCUAGCUUUUAUUUUGUCUAAAUUACGUCCCUUUUUAGCUUAGAAUUUCAGAUUAAAGUUUUGCAGGUAAACAGGUGUCUCAGAAUCUCCUAGGCCAAGUGCUUUAAAACUUCACGCAUUUUUAAAACAAAAAUUAUGCCUUUUUUAACACAGAAAUUUUGUGAAUGUUUUAUAUGUAAAAGUGUGAUUUAGAUUCCCUACACAUUAUUGUCACCAUGAAUUGACAACAUGGGACAAAUUACAUAACUUUAGUUUCUCAAUUUCUCACAAUUAUGUACCUUUUAUCAUAGAAAAAUUGCUUGAAGUUUCUUAAGAGUUACUUACUCAGCUGUUUUCAGAUUCUCCACACGUCUUAAAUAUCAUGAAUUGACCUCACUUGGCAAGUUUUAUAACUCUGUCUUACAU